UACAGCAGCAGCAUUUCUCUUGCAGUCCCAGUUUACUCACAUUCUCCUGGCAGCCUUUUGAACGCUGCCACAGAUCCAGGAAGCCCCUGCUGCUUCAGAAAAGUCGCUUUUCAUGUGUAUGCUGCUGGUUUAUCCCCUCCAAAAUCCAUCUGGAACAGCAAAACACUCUCCCCAGGGUUAGUGAAUCACUGAGUCAGUGACGCGAGACCAGCGGACCCCAGGUCAUGAAAGCAAAGCUUGGUAUUGAAACCGGGGAUUGAACUUACCUUGUUACCCACUCAUCUUAGCAAGUCAACGAUCCCCAGUGUGGUGGGAGGGGGUGGAGGAGUGCCAAAGUUACAGUAUUUAAAAGGCUUUUAAUGUUUUCCACUCCAGCAAGCUCAGGGUUGCAUCACAGCAUUGUUCUCCAGCAGAGAUGGAUAAAGCAAAGAAGGAUUUGAUGAGUUCUCUGGGUGGGAGCCCCAGGCCUCCAGACACCAAGAGGGAGGCUUCAUGCCUAGACUGCAGUGCAGGAAGUUUGUUGGUUUCUAAUAGCUGCAAACAGGGGCCAAGAAAAUACUUAGCAUUUAGACAAAAGAUGUAUUCUGCUAAAGUCCUCACUCCAGCAGCCUCCAGCAUCUCCAGGGAUGCUUGUGCUGGCCCCCAAAUACACCAGGCUUUGCUAAAAGAGGCGGACCUCGAGCAGCACACCCCUAAAGUCACAACCUUCAGGAUGCCUGAGGAUCUUGGAAGUGUGCUGGAUAAGCAAGUGAUGGGACCAACCACUGAGAACCUCACCGUGUCAGAUUUCCCAGUACAAUCAUAUAACCCCAAAGUGCAGGUUCCUUACCAAGUGCUUCCAGGGCAGUGCCCUCGGAGCAUUGAAAUAGAGAGGAGGAGACGGCUAUAUCUCAGCUUUGAUAUUGCACAGCUUUUAUCCAGCAAGGGGAUAGCCUCCAAUCAGCUCAUGCCAAGGCACCACGAUCCUGAUGAUAUGCCCACAAUUGAGGAUAACAGAGAUCCUCUCUUUCCCAUCUACCUCCCGUUACAGGUAUUUGAUGAUGAGGAGUAUGACUGUCGAACUCCAGAGGAGUGGGUCUCACUAGGACUGGAACCAGGAUCUCAUCAGAGAAAGCCAGUGCCUGGAAAAGCACUUUUACCUACAGAUGAUGUUCUUGGACACGAGGACCCUAAAAACCCGAAAUUAAUCUACCAGUGGAUUGAUGUUGGUGUUCUGGAUUACGACAAGAAGACAAAACUCUACUUGGUCCAUAAAACCAAGAAUGGGAUGAUGCGGAAUGAGGAAGGGAGACACAUCCUCAAUGGAGAAGUAACUUCAGAAGGAAGAGCCCCGUUGUUGCCAUGUCAGUACUGGGUGCCGCGUGUUUGCCUGUUGUUUCUGGCUGAAGAUCCCCGGGUGUUUGCACAGAGAGUAGUUUCUGCUGACAGCUUGCGUAAGAAGACGCAGGCACUGCUUCUGUAUAACUUGUAUGUGGACUGCAUGCCCACAGAUGGCCUAAAUAGCAUCAGGGAGGAGAGUCUGCAGAGAAUGAAGCUUUUGGCUAUGAACACUCCUGAACUGAGGAAAGCAGAGAAGAGGAUAUUAGACCAUGUGUGUUGCCUGGAGAAAGAAGUGAGAUUAGACUAUGAACGUACCAUGAACAAGAUCAGUUUUGACAGAACUGUCGCUUCCAAACCUGAGAUGUUUUCUUAUGUCACCUUGCCAGACAAAGAGGAGGAGAAAGUACCAGAGAAAGGGCUCGUCUGUAUCCCACACUAUCCUUUUAAGAAACAAAAGGAAGAUUUCACCUUUGUCUCCCUCCUGAAGAGGCCGGAAGUCAUCCUUCUCCUUACAGAGGUGCAAGAUGAGUGCAACAAGGUCCCCAUCAUGUCUCUGUUUAACACAGCCUCGGCCAAGUGUGUUUGCUUGGAGGAAUUCGACCAGAUCCAGACUCAGACCUUCACUGAGGUUCAGAUGUUUCUCAAGAAUACUUGGAUCCAUACUCUAAGGACUGCAAUAACGAGCAGCUUGAAAGAAGCAGGCACAGACUGGUACAAACUGGAACAGACCAACUGGGAUGUCUACCUGCGUAAGCUGCUGAACCGCAUCAGAUUCAUGCUUCAGGACGCUCUGAGGUAUCUGGUCCAGAACUCACUGAUCAGCUUCACCCAGCUUGUGCUGGAUGCUUGCCACGGUGUCCUGAAUUGCUCACAGGACAUGAAAUGGGGAGAUGACCUCAUCAAUAGUCCCUACAGGCCUCUGAGGAAUCCGCUUUUCCUAACAGACCUUGUGCUAGACACCAGCGGCAUCCACUUCAGCCCCCCUGCGGACAGCUUUGAGGAGUCCCUCAUUUCUCUGUUUGAUGAGGGAAUCCUGGCCACACACACUGUCCCACAGCUGGACAAGUAUGUGCUGGAGAACGUAGCUAUCACAGGCACACCUUUGCUUGACUCAGUGGGCUUGCACGAACCAGAAGUGAAGAAGUUACGUGAGACCAUGCGCUCUGCCAUUCAAAUGGCAAUGGUCCCUCUCCAUGCCUAUGCCAAGAGAUACGAGAAGUUCUUGGAGCUAAAUGACAAUGACAUCCAGUCCUUGCUAAGAGAAUAUGAAGAGCGAUGUCCAUCUGCCCAGGAGGUGAGGAAUAUAGUACACAUGUACUUGGCAGAAAAGGAGAACCUGAACAGCACUCUACCUGUUUCUAUUGUCAUUGGUCCCUUCCGUGUCAGCACAGAAGCUGUUAAGCAAAAUCUGACUGCAAAAUACAAAGCGCUUUCCACUUCCAUGUUGGAUAUACUGGCUAAAAACCUCCAUUUGCGGGUGGAGAGUAUCUGCAACACGUAUGAAGCCACCAGCUGCAGAAUGCAUGAGAAACCAAACAAUAUUGAGGAGCUGACUGGGCUGCAGGAGUGGAUGAAGAGCAUCCCCAAGCAGCUGGCUGUGCAGGAGAAGCUGAUACUUGAAGUCAUGAACGAUUACGAGAUCAUGGAGGAAUUCUCUUACAACCUUACCAACGAAGAUUUCAGUAACAAGUGGACUGCAAGUUACUGGCCAUUGAAAAUAAGGAAGCAAGCCGAGUCCCUUCGGCAGCAGCACCAGAAGGAUGCAAACAGGUUUCAUAAAGAACAUGUCCUGGACCAGAGCAGCUUUCAAAACAAACUGGAAAAGAUGAAGCUGACUGUAGGUGGAUUUUCCAUCCAGGCGGAUGCUAGCCAAGCUAAUGAGUUGGCUAACAAAGCAGAGGAGGUCAGGAAGCAGCUGCAGGAGCUUCAGGAUUUGGCAGCUGUCUACAACAACAGGGAAAGAAUUUUGGGGAUCAAAGUUACUAAUUACAGUGGGCUAUCCAGGAUGGUUAAGGACUUCCAGCCAUACCAUGACCUCUGGAAAACAGUGUCAGACUGGACGCAUCAGUAUGAGAAAUGGAUGAGUGGUCCUCUCAUGGAAAUUGAUUCUGAGCAGAUAGAAAAGAUCGUCAAUGGCUCUUUCAAGACAAUGCAGAGAUGCGUGAGGCAGUUGAAGGAUUCAUCAGCCUGCCAGGGUGUGGCAAUGGAGUUUCGAGACAAGAUUGACAAAUUCAAGCCCUACGUCCCCUUAAUUCAAGGGCUGUGCAGUCCCGGUAUGAGAGAGCGGCACUGGGAUAUGCUGUCGGAAUCUCUUAAGAUGGAUAUCAAGAUAGAUCCCAGCCUGCCAGUUUCUCGCUGCUUGGAAAUGAACCUGCUGGACCAUAUCAAGAGCAUCAGCAAAGUAGCUGAGGCAGCUGGCAAGGAAUACGCCAUUGAGAAUGCGCUCAACAGGAUGGAGAGUGAAUGGAACUCCGUUUGUUUUGCUGUGGACCCAUACAAAGACACAGGAACAUUUAUUCUGAAGAACACCGAGGAAGCUUCUGAGCUCCUAGAUGCUCACAUUGUCUUGGUUGGGAGCAUGUCCCUCUCACCAUUCAGGAAACCGUUUGAGGAAAGGAUGAAGGCAUGGGAAAGCAAGCUGAAGGUUACACAGGCUGUCCUAGAGGAAUGGCUGAAGUGCCAGCUCUCGUGGCUCUACUUGGAGCCAGUCUUUAGUUCAGAGGACAUCAAGAGACAGCUCCCAUUGGAAAGCCAGCUCUACCAGGAAGUGGAUAAGGACUGGAGGGACAUCAUGAAGAGCGCUAAUGAAAACCUUGAGGUGUUACCUGACACAGGAGCUCUGCACCUGAGAUUUGGAGGAGCACCAGCAGGACCAGGCAAAAGGGAAGCAACAAAAGACCUGGGCAAAGCACUAGCAACCCAAACUGUAGUGUCCAACUGCUCUGGCCAGCUUGACUUUAUGGCAAUGGGAAAGUUCUUCAAGGGACUAGCCAGCUCUGACACAUGGGCUUGCUUUGACAAGAUCACAACCAUUGAUCAGAUCACAACCAUUCAGAAAGCACAGCAGCAGAGGGUGAAUCGCUUCAUGUUUGAAGGCACAGAGAUCCCACUGGUCCCAUCCUGUGCAGUCUCCAUCACAGUGAACCCAGGGUAUGCUGGGCGUACUGAACUGCCCGAUAAGCUGAAGGCCCGCAAUGAUUUUGGGAUGAGAGCUGUGAAGAGUGUCAUCUCAACAGCUGGCAACCUAAAAAGAGAGAAUCCUACUAUGGAUGAGUUGUUCAGUCUCUGCAGGAGCUGAUCUGGACCCAAUGGACCCAAACUCCUGAAGGAUGCCCUCGCACUCUUCAGUGGUGUUGUCUCAGAUGUAUUUCCCAAGAUCAAAGAGGAGCCUGUUGCUUACGGCAUCCUGGAAGAAGCCAUUCACAAAUCCUGCAUCAAAGAGAACCUGAAGGAUACUGAUGGUUCUGUAACUAAGUGCAUUCAGCUCUAUGAAACUACUGUGGUUUGACAUGGCCUUAUGCUGGUGGGACCAACAGGUUCUGGUAAGACAAAGGUAUGUUACCAAGUUCUGGCAGCUGCAGUGACAUCACUGGAAGGUCAGCCUGCAGCAAGUGGUGGGAAUUAGGAGGCAGUCAGGUACUUUGUACUGAAUCCCAAAUCGAUCACAAUGGGCCAGCUUUAUGGAGAGUUCAACCUGCUAACGCAUGAGUGGACAGAUGGGAUCCUUUCCUCACUCAUCCAGCGGGGAGCUGUGGCCACUGACCUCAAGCAGUGGUACAUGUUUGAUGGCCCAGUUGAUGCUGUGUGGAUUGAGAACAUGAACACAGUGCUAGAUGACAAUAAGCUGUGUCUGAGCUCAGGGGAAAUCAUCAAGCUGUCAGAGUGUAUGACCAUGGUGUUUGAAGCCCAGGCUCUGGCUGUUGCUUCCCCUGCCACAGUGUCUCGCUGUGGCAUGGUUUACUUCGAACCCAGCAUCUUGGGGCUGGAGCCAUUCGUUGAGUGCUGGCUGCAAAGACUUCCAGGCAUCCUGAAGCCCUUCUCACAGCAGCUCUCCUCUCUCUUCAAGAGAUGCUUCAAGUCACCACCUUUAUACCCUCUUCACCUUCCUCUGUCUGCAGCAGGAGCGCUUGCAGUGAAAGACCUGACCGAGCCCUUGGUUGAUGCCGCUAUUGGUAUGUAUUUGACUAUCCCAUCCCAGCUGCUGCCCACACCAGUCAAGUCCCUUUGCACUUCCAACUGGAGAGAUGUCCAGGGCGUGCUCAUGGCUGAGCCCAGCACCAGCCAGGACAAACUGCAGCUGAUGAAACGGUGGUACCCUGAGAGCUGCUGUGAUCGCCUGCUCAGCAAGGAGGACCGCACGGGGUGCAACAACCUGAUGAAGAGGAUGAUGGAGGAUUACACCAGUUCUGAGGAGGUCAUCCCCUCCCAGCCAGUUCUGUUUGGGGACUUCAUGGAUCCAGAUGCCCACAUCAAACUGUACAAAGCAAUUGACAGCCAGGAAAAGGUAAGAACCGUGGGAACCAUUACGAUGUGAUCUAUGGUUGCAUCUUCCACGUCUUCUGCAAACAAAUGAAAACAGUUAACAGUAACCAUGGGGCUGCUUGAAUUGGAGGUGUCUGGCAUCACAAACGCUCCCAGGGCUCUCCUGUGAAAUCCUACCCCAGAUACGUACAGUGGCUGCGUAUGGUGUGAUGGGAACUCGAGGUGGAACAAGCUGUAUCUGCAUUGCCAUCCUGGGGGCAGCCUGCUAUGCCAAGUGUCCCAGAUGAACUGCACUUGGGACUGAGAAGUGAAGUUUGCUGGAAAGAGAUGGCACAUUACUCCCAGACAAUACUA